AGAAAGCUGAGAGCCAAAGGCCCCUCCUCACACCUCAGGCUGGCUUUGGCCUCUCCCAGUCCAACUGUCCUUCUUACAUCACUUCCUCUCUGAGAGCAGUUUCUAUUUCCUUUUCCUGUGGGCUGGUCUCCAUGGUAACAGCACCUCUUCUCUUUGGGCCUAGCUCUCUGUCCACUGAGCCAACCAGCUCUUUCCUCAGUUAAGUUACUGAAAGGGGUUAAGAAUUCCUUUUUUACACCCUGAGGGCAGGCCUGGCCCUGGGUGACUCCUUUGGCCCCUCAACCUGUGGAUAUCCCUGUGGGAUAGCCUCAGUCAGACCUGGGACGAGAAGGGAAAACCUCUGCCCUCUGGGUCCCUUCUCCUUCCUCAGCUCAGGGUGCAGAGGCCCAGGGCCUGGUCCAAGGAGAGAUGGGGCUGAGCCAGAUCCUGAGGUGGGAGGGAGAUCAGGGCAGCUUUCUUCUCAAGUUUUACCAAGAGCCAUUGGCCCAGAGAGUGAGCCUAAAGGCAGAGAGCAAGAUGAGCUUUUCUACACUGGGGUAUUGAAGGAACGAAGUUCCCAGGGGGCUCCAGGCCAUCUUUUGCUGCUCAGAGGGGCAGAGAAUUCGGAUAUUCCCAGGCCCAAGGAAGACCUGAAAGGAAGAGCUUUGGCUGAAGCUCCAAUCAGGGUUCAUAAAGUGGGAGGAGGUUUGGGGGUAGGGUGGGAAGACAGGACCUUGAGUGGGGAGACAAGGCUGGGAAAAGAUGGUGAAGGUUCACCAGAUGGACUCACUGGGUCUACUUUGCUGCCUCUACAGGGAGACUGGAAUCCACCAGAUGGCCUUUGAGAGUUACAGACUCCAAGUCCAGGAGAUGGUGACGCUCCAGGAUGUGGCUGUGGACUUCACGAGGGAGGAGUGGCGCCUCUUGUCCCCUCCCCAGAAGGAGCUGUACAGGGAGGUGAUGCUGGAGAAUGCCCAGAACCUGCUCUCUGUGGAGAACUCAAUGACAAGCUUCUCUCCCUCCUCCUCCCUGACUGAUUCCCCAUGCCAAGGGCUUCCAGCUCCCCCAGAAGAUGUGCUCUCUUAUUUGGAGCCGAGGGAAGGUCCAUGGAUGCUGGAGCAGGAACGCUUGAGGAUCUACUGCCCAGGAGCGAUCAGACCAGAAAUGAAAGCAACUCCCACAGAGAUGAGUUCUUUUGUAGAAGAAACAGACCAUCAAAGACUCAUGAGUGAUGUUCCAAAUAACAUAGCUUGGAGAGAAUUCUGUGUUGAAUCUCAACAUUCAUCCCAUACUGAACAUCAGAAAAUGAACUCUGAGGAAAAGUCUGGUGAAUGGAAGCAAUGUGGAAAGAUAUUCAGACAGAGACACAAACUUGCUAUACAUCAGAAAAUCCACACUGAGGAGAAACCUUAUGAAUGCAAGCAGUGCAGAAAGACAUUCCGUCUGAACUCCCAUCUUGCUAUACAUCAGAGAGUCCACACUGGAGAGAAACCUUAUGAAUGCAAGCAAUGUGGAAAGACAUUCUGUCGGAGUGCUAGUCUUUCUUAUCAUCAGAGAAUCCACACUGGGGAGAAACCUUAUGAAUGCAAUCAAUGUGGAAAGUACUUCAGUCGGAGCUUCCAUCUUGCUCGACAUCAGAGAAUACACACUGGGGAGAAACCUUUUGAAUGCAAGCAGUGUGGAAAGUCAUUCAGUCGGAGCUCUCAUCUUGUUAAACAUGAAAGAAUCCACACUGGGGAGAAACCUUAUGAGUGUAAGCAAUGUGGAAAGACAUUCUGUCAGAGUUCUACACUUUCUUCGCAUCAGAGAAUUCACACUGGGGAGAAACCUUAUAAAUGCAAUCAGUGUGGAAAGACAUUCAGUUAUAGCUCUGGUCUUGCUGUGCAUCAGAGCAUCCACACUGGGGAGCAUCCUUAUGAGUGCAAGCAAUGUGGAAAGACAUAUAGUCGGAACUCAUGUCUUAUUAUACACCAGAGAAUCCAUACUGGGGAGAAACCUUAUGAGUGCAAGCAGUGUGGAAAGACAUUCAGUCACAACUCUGGACUUGCUUAUCAUCAGAGAAUCCAUACUGGGGAGAAACCUUAUGAGUGCAAGGAAUGUGGAAAGAGAUUCAAUCACAGAUCUGGACUUGCUUAUCAUCAGAGCACCCACACUAGGGAGAAACCGUAUGAGUGCAAGCAAUGUAGAAAGACAUUCAGACAGAGCUCCAAACUUGUUCAGCAUCUAAGAAUCCACACUGAGGAGAAACCUUAUGAGUGUAAUCAAUGUGGAAAGACAUUCUGUCACAGUUCUACUCUUUCUUCUCAUCAGAGAAUUCACACUGGGGAGAAACCUUAUGAGUGCAAGCAGUGUGGAAAGACAUUCAUACAGAGUUCCAAACUUGUUCAGCAUCUAAGAAUCCACACUGGGUAGAGACCUUAUGAGUGUAAGCAAUGUGUAAUGACAUUCAACCUGAGAUCCUAUCUUGUUGUACAUCAGAGAAUCCACACUGGGGAGAAACCUUUUGAAUGCAAUGUGGAUGACAUUCACAUGGAACUCCACUUUUGCUUUACAUUAGAGAAGCUCCAGACUUUCACACAGAGUUCUUAUCUUGCUCUAAAUCAAACAGUUUGCUCUAAUAUGUCAUAAGCUAUAGUAAGAUAUGGUCUGAAUGGGAAUGUCAUGUAGACCUAAAGUAUGAUGCUAUAAGAAAAUUAGGGUAGCAUAGAAUAGUUUGCCUUUUAUAUCAAUUCAUUGAUAAGGGAAGAAUUCAUGACCAAAUGAGAAAUAGAUAACAUGAGAUCCAUCAUGAGUUUUUUUUUAAAAUUAUCUUAAAUUCCAAACUGUUCAUACAAACAAAGCCAGUGCAACCAAGGUUAAAAAGGGAAAUGAAAUAAUUUCCUUUAAAACCAGAUGUCCAAUUUUGUGAUGUAACUCUCCCAGGAUCACACGUGGGGUCUUACCAUAAUCCUAGUGACAUCAUCUAGUGUGGGUCAUGUGACUGAGUUUAGACAAGACAUGAUUGAAGGGGAUCCUGAAGGGUGAGGGAGGAAAAAAUGUUGAAGACAAGGAAGGAGGGGCUUCUUCUGGAGACACCGUGGAAGAGGAAGGUGUCUUAGGGACCCAAGGCUUUUCUAUUUCAUCUCCUUCUGCAUAUCCAAGUAAAUUCUAAUAAAUUUCAUUAAAAAAAAAAAACAUAGUCCUGGUUUU